AUGUCUGUUCCAACACCAGGAAAACGUUUCCAACUUGAGAAGGAAGUCGUCGCGGCUAUUCCAGAUCUUCUUGUCAUCAAGCCAAAGGUGUUCCCAGACGAGCGUGGAUUCUUCUCCGAGAGUUACAACAAAACCGAGUGGGCUGAAAAGAUUGGUUACACCGAGGAUCUUCAACAGGAUAAUCACUCCUUCUCCCAUUACGGUGUUCUCCGUGGUCUCCACACUCAACCACACAUGGGAAAAUUAGUUACUGUGGUUAGCGGAGAAAUCUUCGAUGUGGCUGUUGACAUCCGCAAGGACAGCCCAACCUACGGAAAGUGGCAUGGAGUGAUUUUGAAUGGAGAUAACAAGCACGCCUUCUGGAUUCCAGCUGGAUUCCUUCACGGAUUCCAAGUGCUUAGCAAGGAAGGAGCUCAUGUCACCUACAAGUGCUCCGCUGUCUAUGACCCAAAGACUGAAUUUGGAAUCAACCCAUUCGACGAGGAUAUCAAUGUGGACUGGCCAAUCAAAGACAAAGCUUCCGUGAUUGUUUCGGAACGCGACACCCAGCAUGCCUCUUUCAAAUCUCUCUAA